UGAUCUCACCUUCAAUUGGAUGUUGAAGAACAGUGCAUGGAAAGAAGAACGAGAAGUGAUCUCUCUAGUUGUGCAUAACUGUGGAUCGUGCAGUGAGUCCAGUAGUAGUGAUAGUGUAUGAAUUGUGGGGUGAUGGCAUGGCGCAGAUGGGAUACGGUUCUGGACUUCUUGGUCGCAAUCCUCUACUUUCCGCAGUCUCCCGGCGUCGUCAUCCUUUCUUCAAGGUCAUUGUUGAGCUGCAACCGGCGCGAUGAUUCUUACUGUGUGCAGAAAUCUGUCUGCGCUGUGGAACCCGAUUAGGGAGUGUGUUGUUUCCAACGGCCAGCGCCAACGUGGCUGUUUUAGCCACGCGCCGCCUCUACCCACCAGCAAUCGCUCGUUCUUUCAUCGCGCCUUGUUAUCCAUACGAUGAUUUCGAGACACGUGCACAGUCUACUUGGCAGCGUGUGUCUCAACGUCGACUGUCGCAUGUUGAAGCGCUUCAUCAGGACUCCGAUUGUAUCGAUAGCCCUACACGUAUCCGCCCGCCCUAUGGCAGACCAGAAUAGCAUACAGAAUUGCGGUCGUCUGUAUGGACUUCUAUUGUGUAACGACCAAAAGUAGACCGUCGGUGUGAUGUGCACGAGGUUUAUUGGAAGCCGUACACAUUGUAAGCAAGAUCUUGACGCUAGAAGAUGAUGUGUGACUGGUCUGGAAUCUCACAGCGCAGACGCUUGAGUGCUUGUGCGGCUCUGCCUCUCUUUCGCACGAGUUUCCCCUAAUUCGUCUUCCUCGCCAGGCCGAUCGAACACCGAUAUACGCCCAAGCUCCUGGCUUACAUACAUACGGUACACCAACACCGUCGCAUUCUGUACCUGCGCUAGAUGACUUCGUCUCUAACUAGAUCUUGCGAGCUUAGGACGGCGUCGAUGCGUCUGAAACUCUUGUCUUUGAUCGUAGAGUACAUACAUACAUUUUGCACAGUUGAUCCGCAAUGUCUCACAAUUCAUGUUGUGUACUUUAGGUAUCAAGGCGCGCUACGUUAGGGUCGCCUGACGCCUGUAAUAUCUCUAACUGAAGUACAUCGCUACACUAUUGCGAUCUGCGAUCUCAGAGUGCAGCAACAACAGCAAUCUAGGAAAACGUUCCCCACGGACCGAGAUGGCGGGUGGGGACUUGCAUACCUCGUGCGACGCCCCAACACUCAACCGAUUGUUUACGGUGUAAAUGCUACAAUAAUCGAUAACAGACUUUUGCACCGAGUAACAGUGCGCGGUAACCGUCAGCCGGCUCACGUGAUACAUGCAUCACGCAGUCUUGUGUAUCUUUUGCGAUGCCAUCCUUGUGAUGUGCUUACUCCUCUGAAAAGUGCGAAGUUUCGAAAGU